GGUUACAAGCUGUGUAGAAUAAAUAUGCAAUAAUGAGCACAUAAUUGAGUUCGCAAAUAGCGCUCUCUUUUCAUUAGAUCUUCAAUGUAGCACAAAAAUUUGCAACUCAACUAAGAGUAGUCUGCGCUGGCUCAAAGCAAAUACAAUAACAACUUAUAUUCGUUAGGCAUUAUAUAACCUGAGUUGUUGUAUGUAUACUAUACUAGCUAUGCUUAUAUGAAUACUCAAUUGAGAACGUCGCGAUCGUUAUGCUCGCAAAUAUAUGUAUGUACAUAUGUAUGUAUGUAGCUCAUACUGUUUGCAUACAACAUCAUAACGCGGGAUCAAUAAACUCACCACUUAUAUGGGCACUCACGUGUACUGGCCACUGCUUCCCACUUAUUUACACCGGGUGUCGUUGUCGUUACAAAAUAUAUGCACGAAGUAUAUUAUAUAUACAUACAUGUGCAAAUGUGAAUUGCACAUUGUCAUGAAAGUUUUAAUUCAAAUCAAAAGUAAGGCAAAACAAUAAAAGACACUCGUGAUGUGCACACCAGACGUUAGAGAUUAUAUACAUACACACAAACAUGCAUAAAUAUGUAGUGUACGUAAAAUAUAACAAAUAAAUAAAUCAGAUAGUGAUACCGGGCGCCGAAAUGCAGUAGAAAUUGUUAUAUGUACAUAUGUAUAUUGGGAGUCACAAGUCUCAAACACGUGACAGUUGGAAUUUCGCAACCGGCCAGCCCAAAUCAAUUGCAACGCUUCGUGCGCGGAAGCAAAAGCCAAUGGCAAAUUUUCACCACAUAAAAACUUAAAGUAUUGCUCAUUAUAUGCGCAUGUGAACAUAUAUAUGUAAGUAUGUAAGCUUGUUCAUUUAAGUAUAAGACUGUUUAGAAAAGAAAGAAAGCCAAGUAAUGGCAAUUAAUGCGCGAGAAAAUCUAAGAAAUCCCCAAGAGAAGUAAGAUAGCGCUGUUUUCGAGCGGAAUGCCAAAAUAUGUAGAGAGCGCCCUCCUAGUACCGAGGGUACAAUACCAACUAUUUGGCGGAAAUUGGAGAUACCAAGUGCCUCCACGUCCUACUCCGCCUGAUGUCUCCAACAGAUUGGAGGUCUUCCUGUUCCGCUGCUUCCACUGCCGGGUAAUACAUCGAAUACUUUCAAAACUUUAAUAUUCUCAUCCAUCCGGACAACAUGAACUAGCGUGCCUAUUUACAGAACGGUUUCAUUGAGCUUCGCGUUAUAAAAUCCGGGUUCGUGGGUGAAGAGAAUUGAAAGCGCCGAAGACUUUUGAUAUAGCUUCUCAGUUCUAAAGGGACUGAAAAGUUGAAAACAGAUAUGCGGCUUGAUUAACUUGAAGAGCUCGCUUUCACUCUUUUUGUAUUGGCUAGAAGAAUAAAAAAAAGCUCUUGAACUACAUAUGUAUGUAUAUCCGCUGAUGUCUAGAAAGCUUGCCUGUUUAAGGAAAAAUUACAAAUGAUCCGCUCAAGUAUUUAACAACGAUCGAGUUCAACUCCAAGGUACCAUUCUUAGUACCCAGACUAUACGCAGUUAAAACCCAAACAAAAAAACUGAGAGUCGCAAUGUUAUUAGCUUUAAGAGCUCACAUGGUCGCUUCUAUUAUAGUUGUGACUAGAAGACUUACGUAACCCUACAAACUCCCGAAUAAUACUAACGAUAAUCUACACCGCCGCAAUAGUAAACCACAAAAGAUCCGUCCAAGUCCUUCUAACUCCAAGUAAGCUUAUAUGCACUAGAGUUUCUCAACACAUUACUAUGUUUUGUAACCAAAAUUACUUUAGUGAAAGUGAAUCUCCAGCUUGUUUGAAUUAAUGAUGAACUAAACUGUCACCUGUCCUAAUCUAAGCUAAAAGUUCCUAACAGGGUAGUCAAUUUCCCGAUGUACGUGGAAUUCUUGAGGGUGUGGAGAUUAUUUGAACAGAUGGACGGAUAAAUAUUAUAUUAAUUGUGUGAUCUCCACUAUUCGCAACAUUGAGCUUGUAGGUUUAUUUGCUGAGAAAGUGUUCAGGCAUUUAGAUCCAGAUCAGUAUGGAAACUGAAUUGGUAGUAUGUUCGGCUAUCAGGACUGUCUAGUGACUUAAUUUUGGUAGCAUGGAGAGCAAGAUCACUUGGAGUUCGCUCAAAUUUUCUCAUACGGUACGGCUCUAAAGGGAGUAAUCUGGUUGAUUUGUACUACUCAGUGGUUAGCAGAGCAUUUUUUGAGACCACGUUUGAACCAUCCGUUGGAUGAAAGCAUCGAUGAUAGUAUUUUCUGCUAAGUGCCACGGUCUGCGCAUAACUUUCUCUUCCAUAACUGCCUUUCUUUUAUAUUAUUUACAUAUGUUUAUUAUAAGGGACGUCAAGACAAACUAGUACUGGGCACUAACUUAACCUAAUUAUACACCCAAAUAUUUUUACAGGGGUGCGUAUAUACCGAGUUUCUUUAAGCUUUCUUUUUGACUAAAAUUGUUAUAAGGUAUUAACGGAUAGAUGGAGGGAGAGACUUGCGUAGUUCAAUCCAUUCCGUUUCCUUACUGGUUAUUUCGUUACACCUCACCACAUUUUCGUUAGGCUGUCAACAAAAAACAACCAAACUAUUAUACCCUUGUUAAACGUAUUAUGCUAGGGUAUAAAAUAUUAAUAAUAUAUACAGAUGUAUUUACCCAUAUAAUAUGCGAAUAGUGUAAAGUAAAUAAAAGUGCAAACCGAUGGGUUGAACGGUCAAAUUUAUGCACCAAAACAGCGUGCGCACACACAGCGAUCGACAUUAAAUAUGCACACCGUUGUUUCGCAAUCGAUUGUCGACCGACAGUGACUAACUGUAGACCCACAUGGAUCGGAGUGCACAGGAAACAUCCGCUGAUUAAACGUGACACAAACAGCAAAAACACUAAGCAAACUCAAAAGAGUGCUGGGCAACGUGAGCGAAUGCGCGAGAUUCGAAACCUUGAGCUUGAAUAAGUCGAUCUGGAAUGAAAUGAGGUUCAAAUAAACAACGAAAUUUCCCAACGGUCGCUCCCAUGCAGAAAAGACAAAUAUAAUGCCAGACAUACAUACAUACAUAUGUACAAAGGUAUGUAAGUAGUUUAUCUAUAUACACGAGCAAUGUGUAUAUUGAUCGGUGUGAUAAGAUAAACAGUAAGGUAAACAGUUUUAUUCAUGGCGAAAAUUUAAAAUGCGAACUCUUCCUGCAGACCAAUAAAGUAAAGUGAAUGAUUUUUAUUCUAAAAACUAUUUGCACCAACGAAAUAAGUAAGCUAGAAGGACAAACUCUGACUGUACUACUUUACUUAGUAGAACACAGAUCUCAAUCGGAACAUGUACUAGAGGUACCUUUUUCAUAUGCGAAUAUAUUAACUCUCAAGUUAAGGUUAAUCAAGAUUAAAAAGGAUAAGGCAAGGAAUAUAAAAAGACGGGAAACCAAAACUUUAAAAAAGGUAUGGACAUCUAACUUAGAUUUUAAAAUUGAUGUUGAUUAAAGUCGGACGUUUCGAUAUUUGCUCUAUUUAUAUAAUUGUGGUAUUCAUGGUAUUUGAAAAACGAUUCACAAAAACGAUUUCACAAUAUUUUAAAUUUCUACGAUCAGCUGUUGGAUUUGAGAAAGCUCAUAGCAGAAAUAUGCACGGAGAAUCAGCAUUACCUGCCGAAAUUUGAAAAUACUUUUAGAGUUUUGUAGAUGUGUAUGGCUUGCAAUAGAUAUAGUGAACAGAUUUGACGUCCGAACAUUGCUUAAAAUGGAAAGCUUCCUCUGCAUUGGAAAGCACAUGUUUAGAAAACUUAAGCCUCUAUUUUUGUUUCACGGUAGCCAUAUCACUUACUGCCUUUAGACGAAGUUAAUGCUUUUUAAUUUAAUGCCAAUAAAAAACAGAACAUCGCAUGGUGGUACUUAGUAGUAUAUACGUAAGACUAAAGCAGGAAAAGAACGACUGAACCAAAACUAAAGUUCGAACGUAAUCAUUACAUUUAUGGAUCACGAAAUGUAUAUGUACAUAUAAGAGAUCGAUAAUACAAUUAGUAAAAGCCGUCUUCGGAGCUGUCUAGAAACUAACUAGCUUUGUAAUUGUUAAUUCAAUCUCAGAGCGGCUAGUACAGUGGAAAAUAAAGGACUUAUCUGCUUCUUAAACUCGAAAGGAACUUGGGCAAACCACUGGCGAGCUACCUACUUAUGUAUGUAUAUUGAACCCAAACAACGAGGCGGUAUGGAUUGCAGCGCCAGCAAGAAUAAAAUACGAGUCUAAAUAGUUAUGGCGGUUGGGUUUCACAAUCUUGGAAAAUUAAAUUGAUGAACCAAUAGUCUGGUACGACAGUACAAACUCAAAACCAAGCCACUUGAGAUGUUCAAGUACUGAUCUCCAAAUAAUAUGACUUCCGAUUGCUUUAAUUUAAGCGAAUUCUCUGAAUAUCUUGACGAUACUGAUGGCCACCGUUUGGCACAGUUUUUGCAGAAAAAAAGUGGUACGGUGCGUAAUGGUGCUAAACGAAUUUUCGAUGCUGAACCACAGAGGUUUAGCUUAAAUGUACGUCUGAAGCGCUUAAGUUCACCACCAGUUCCAGUAACCGAUGUUGAAAAUGAAUGCGUUAUACCAGAAACCCAGGAAACCGAUAAUGAGAAAGAUGUGCAAAAUAAAGAACAGGAGGCUGUAUUGCUUCCUGAACAAGAAAUAUUUCAGCUGAAGGUUGCACAAGUAAAAAAUGAUGCGCAAACACUGGCAUCAUCAGUAAAUGAAUCAUUAAAUAAUACGCAGCAAAAAAAAGGGACUUGUCAUGCUUCUGUACUAGUUAUGAUACCAAUGGGUAACAAUAUAACUUGUCCUGAAAAUAAAAGCAUGACAAUAUCAUCUGUGAAAUCACGAACAGAGCAAUGUAUAUUAGGAUCUAAAGUAGGAAGUACAUCGAAAAUAGCAGAAGCUGUGCAGGCCUCAAUCAUAGCUGAACAAAAUCGAAUGGAACAACUACCAUUGCCAAUGUGCCCAGAAUCAGUUUCCCCAAAGCGAUUGGAAGAACCCAACGGUGCGCAGGAAACGCAACAACAACAACAAGCAGUUAGCCCUAGGUCGUUAUGCACAUUUCUACAACCAAAAAUAUCACGGCCUAUUAUACCACAAACACCGCGAUCGCCAAUUUCAAAGGUGUCUCGUAGUGGCGAUCGACUGCGUCGUCAAGUGUUAAAACGUAUCACAAAUCUUGAGAACAACGGUCGACGAACUUUACUUUCGGAAUUCGAAAGUACACUUUGCUCAACAAAUUUUUCGCCAGCAAUAUGCAGUACUCCAAUGCAUCAUACACCUCCUGUAAAUUUAUUAAAAACACCUCCACGGAUAAAUAAUUCACUAAAUGAGCCAAAAACAUCACCGCGCCCAAAAACACCUGAAAUAAAUGCAUGCAUUCCGAGUAAAGAGGCAUCGCAACACACAAAACAUAAUGCUGUACAAGAACAGCCAUUACUACAAAAUCUGGUUGAAGCACUAGAAGAUACAAUAAAUAAACUGAAAAGUUUCGAAAAUCCUCCACACACACGAAUCAUUACAGCGGAGUCGGAUAUAAAUACCACAGAGUUGCCGCAAACACAGGAACAAUUACAACAACAAGCACUUGUUCAGGCAUCAACUGGUAAUGUUGUAGAUAAAAGUAAAGUGCUUGCUACUGAGGCUUUGUUGCAGGAAGUGCAAAAGACACUUGCUGAUUUAAAGAACUCAAAUUUACAAAUGCCGAAAAUAGUUAUACCAGUCAAUCAGACUUUUAACAAUGCGCCCACAGCUGCAGCAGCAGCAAACAAACAGAUUGGUGAAAAAGAAACAAAUCAUGAAUGUGAGGACGCUAAAGUAACACAAUCCGAGACGCAGGCCGAUCAUAAAACCGCAUUCACGCAUUCGAAUUGUACAAGGCAGCAUACAAUAACAGCGGCAAAUUUGAAUGAUGCCAGCAGUUGCAAUAGUCCCAAUAAUUUUAUAAAUCAUCCAACGUUUACGUGCAACAACACAAGAAAUACUAAUCUACCGACAAACUCAGUACAACAUAAGAAUGUAACAACACCGGUCGGUAACCGAAAAGUUGCUGCCGACAACAACAAAACAAACCUGUCAGGAGCCAAUUCGAUAUUACUAAAUGCUGACAAUAAACGUUCAGCUAAUCGCUCAGCUCAUACAACGUUAAACAAUAAUAAAAACUUGGAAGCCAAUUUAGUUAAAACACAGACAUUCGUCAAGCAUGAUGUCUCCAAAUGCACAACAUUAAAAAACAGAGAAGAAGUUGGCACUGUAACUGCUAAUAAAGAAGCCAACACUAAACGUGGACUUACAGAGAUGUCAAUAUCGAUGCUUAUAACGGACGAUGAAGAUGAGGAGGAAGAUAUUAAUUACAAUGUGAAUAAAAGGCAAACCUUACGUAAAAGUGGUCCGCUUAAUCUAGCCACUGAAAAACCGCAGAAGACGAAGCGUAAUAGACGGACAAUAAAACGCACAAUGAGAACGCGUCUUCACCAUCGAUCCACCAAACCUUUCGCGUCACCACCAACACUACUCACAAGUGAUACGGAUACCGAAACUGGACCACCACCAGCGCAUCCACUGAAUUUGCAACAUGUCAAACCUGUCGAACAUAUAAAAAUACAACAAUUAAGGCGACGACGACCCUUAAAUAAAGCACCAAGUACACCGAAAAAUGGCGAACUGUUUGCCGAUGAGUUGAAAGCGCAUUUGGCACGUUUAACAAAUCAUGAAAUUCUUGAUUUGCGCAAACGUAAUUCGAUGGGUUUAAUGAAUGGUAAACGUUUGAAAAAAUCAUCAGGUAGCACGAAACAGGCUUUGGAGGAGAAAUUAAAAAUUGAAGAAGAAAUUCAAUUGGAAAUUUUGCGCCGUGAAUUAUUGGGCAACACUCAGGGUUUACGGGAGGAGGAGGAGCAGCAGCAGCAGCAAACGUAUGCCGAUGAGAUGAAUCAAGAGCAGAGAAGUGAGAGCGAAUCGCAAUUGGUGAAUGAAGUAGUUGAGGUAGUUAAAGAAAUCAUCUUUGAUGAACUGCCACAAGCACCUGCAGCAUUUAAGGAUAAUACUGCGGUUGCAGCCGCUGCUUUCAUGGACAAUUCAACUGCAGCACCGGCACUAUUAACGGAUAAUACUGCUGGUGCUGCGGCUAAAGCAAUUGAGAAUAAUGUUGAUGCUGUUGUCGCGGCUUUAGAAACUGAGGAUAAUGGUGUGGCUACUGUUAUGCCUGAUGUCCCUGAGCCAUUUAAGGAUAACGUUGCUGCACCUGAUGCAUUUAAUAUUAAUGCCUCAGCUGAAAACAUAAUGCAGCAAACGGUCGCACAAUUGACACAACGCAUGUGUUAUAAUUCCUCAUUAAUUGACGAUAGAAGUAGUGAACGUGUUACGUUUGUUUCAGCCAAACGUAACAAUGUUCAAAAUACUAAAAAUGCGAGAAAGUCGGCUCAACGAAAUAAAAAGUCGGAACUGCCAGAAGUAACAAUAAAAUAUUUUCAAAUAGAAGAAAGUAUUAAAAUGCGCCGCAAGGAUAGCAGCUCCAAACGUUCGCUAUACACCAAAGGUGAUUCUUUUGACGAAAAUAGCGACGCCUCAGAUAGUGAAAAAGACGAUUUUUUAAAAAUUUCCACGCUAACGGAGCCAAUACCACCACCACCAGUUGUUUCACCGGUAGGCGAUAUACAAAUAACAUCACCACCACCGCCAGUGACUGAUUGGACGACAGCUUCCACAUUUAUGCUGCCAAACUUGCCAGCGGACCAAUUGGUUCUACCACCAACGCCAUUCUCCGAUAAACAAAUUAAUAGCAGUGUGAAUGGUGCAAAGCCUAAAACAUUAUCCGCGUCGCAUAAUAAUACCGCUGCCAUAGAAGCUGUAUGCCAACACGAUGAAGAACUCUUUAAAAAGCCCACAAAGCGUGCGCCACGUGCUUCACGUAAACGAAAGACACAAGAGUCAAGAACGAACAAGUCUAGCCAUGUGACACAAACUGAGCGUACAGAUGACAGCGCAGGCAUACGUCGAUCGACUCGCGGUCAGGUGCCAACUAAUCGCAACUCUAAAUGGAAUGGACACUCACUGUUGGAGACAUUGUUUAAUAAACCUACGAAGUCAAGCUCAUCGAAUAGAAGUAUAAAGAAACAAACAAAUCGAACAAGCUCCAGCUGUAGUAUCGAGAGUCGAGGUGGUGAUUUGACCACGCCAGUCGCCUCCAGCACUGGCUUGAAUAUUGCCAAUGUGAAGAAGCGAGGUCGUAAACCACAGAAGCCACAAUCGCCAGUGUUUAGUUAUCUCGGCGAUACGAAUGUAACAUCGGGCACUGUGUACUCACUAAGAAAUACCGAAAGUGAUGCGUUGAGUACACAGUUAGAAGCAAUUCAAGAAACACCCAUAGAAACGGAUGGCCUAGACGCUGCAGCAGCGAGUCCAGCGUCAAAUGACAACGAAUUACCAACUACUUCCUCCUGCAAAACCGGCAAAUCGAAUAAAAAUAAAACUAAAGCCAACAAUAAGCAAACUGCGGGGGUGAAAAAAUUAGGCAGACCAAGGAAGACAGGGACAGUCUCUAAAAUAAAACAACAACAACAACAGCAACAGCAAGAAGAAACUGACGCAGUGGAAGCGGCACAACAAGUGGCGGACGAUGACACCGCAAAUCGCACAGGCCAAUUGGAGUGUAGUCGAGUGUAUUUGCCACCACCGCCAUCGUUAGAGAAGCUCAGUGAAAUGUUUGACGCAUUAAAAAAUGCCGCCAACAAUUUGAGCGAUGAAGAGGGUACGCCGAAUGUUGCAGAAUCGAGUGUCCCGACACCGACCGAGGGUAACGUUGGCAUACGACCUGUGCGUGUACGUUUGCGUCGUUUAACAGCACGUGACACCUCCACCGCAACCGCUCAAAGUUCUGCUUCGACCAGUGCAACAAACAGUGAGUCGACUCGGACGACAGAAAACGAUCGCCAAGAGUUGCUUGCAUGGCUGAAGAAUGUAUCACAUUUGCAAUCGGCCACAAAUGAGCGACAAGUCUUUAUGGAUUUGCGACCUUCCACUGCCGGUAAAUUAUUUUUUACCAAUUUGGAGGGUAUAGAUUAUGCCUUCUACGAUACGGAACAUAAAUGUACUCUGGGCUAUUUGCGCUUCAAGCCACUGCAGUGCAAGCCUUCGAAGCGUGCGAAGAAAUAUCAUUUGCACUUUGUUGUGCUUGCGGGUUCAUUUGAAAUCAGCACGGACCGUGAAAGCGCCAAUUUCGGUGUUGGUGAUAUGGUAGCUAUUAAUAUAGGCUGCCGUUAUAAAAUCACGAAUUUGGAAAAUGAUAUAGGCGUACUAAUGGUGAUAAAGAAGUAAUAGCAGUGCGCAUGCGCAUUUCAGUUACAUAUGUUAAUAGUAA